AUGGCAUUUAAGGUUCUAACAUUUGGUUUAAUCAAUUCAGCCCACAAAUAUCUAACCGGAGAGAUCUUCAACUACAAAGUGAAUGCCACUGGUUCUUCACUGAAGAGAAGUCAGAUAUGGACCAUUGAGUUCACCGCAGAGGAAUCCCCUAUGGUCUACAUCAAGAGCUCCUUUAACAGAUAUAUAGCUGCAGAUAAGGAUGGGAAGAUCACCUGUGAUCAGGAAGUUCCCAAUCCCAACUGUAUCUUCCUCAUGACCCUACAUUCGGAUGGAAGAGUUUCCUUCCAGUCUGAACUCUCAAAACGGUACCUAGGAGGAAAUCAGGAUAACAUCACUUGUUUUGCCCAGUCUAUUUCUGAUAGUGAGAAGUGGCUGCCACACUUAGUCAUCCAUCCCAGUGUCAAUAUGUUCAAUCCUGGCAGAAAAAAGUACUUGCGGUUUGAUGAAAAAAACGGCAUGGUGUGCUGCGAUACAGAUUUACCCUGGGGGCCCGACUGUGUCAUGACACUUUACUUUGACAUCAAAGAAAAGAAAUAUGCUAUAAGGACAGGGAACGGGAGCUUCAUUGCCUGUGAUGGAAAGACUGAACCAGAGGUAACAAGCAGGACAUUAUAUCGCCUGGAGAUAAAGAAUGGAAUGAUCUGUCUGAAGGACAGUCAUGGAAAGUUCUUAACUGGGAGGAACAGUGCUGUCAGAACCAUCAAAACAUUGAAUGCUAGUAUGGAUGAGCUAUUCACAAUUAACCCCAGUUCUGGGCAAGUCAAUAUCAAGUCUGUACUUAAUGAAAAAUUUGUGUCCAGUAAAUCAAUUUCAGGUGUCCAUGCAAAUGUCAGUGAAAUGAAGGACGCUGAGAUAUUUCAGAUUAUAAUUGAUUUCGCGACAAAGAAGGUCUGCUUUCAGAAUAUUUCAAAUGAUUAUUUAGCUGUUGGUCCUAAAGGUUUCAUUGAAGUGUGCAAUACUCUGGACUUCAAUUGUGGGUUUGAUAUUGUGUAUAAUGAGGAAAAGGCAGCUUUAAAGACUUCAGAUGGAAGAUAUGUGACUGUGAAUGCCGGUGGCCAGCUCUUGGUCGGUCCAAACUCAAUUGGUAAACCUGAAGAAUUUAUCUUGAGGCUCGUCAACAGGUCUCAGCUCAUUCUCCAGAGUGACUAUGGCUUUAUUGGACUUAUGCCUGGGAAACCGAGGUUAGUCUGCAACAGGCCCAUGUAUGAUGCAAGCAAAAUAACCUUAGAUGAAAAUGGGUUUUACCAGUUCAAGGUUGUCUCUCUGGAUAAAUACUGGGAGGUGGAUGAAGACUGCUUUAUCACUGCCACUGGAGACCAACCUACUAACUUCACUAUUGAACUAAUCACUUCAGAGACAAUGAUCCUAAAGGCACCUAAUGGAAAGUAUACAGUAGCAGAGCCAGAUGGCAGUUUCAAAGCAGUGGGAAAAGAUAACAAAUCGGCCACAUUGUUCCGAUACUAA